GAUAUGCUCUAAAUAUUAUCUCAUAUUUGUCUCCACAGAGUGAAGAUGAAGCUCCAUUCAUUGUCCAUGCUUUGUUUGUCACUUCUCUUGCUUAAUACCCCUUUCUCGCUGACCAGGGGAAGGGGAGGGAGAGGAAAAAGUUCGGGCAGCAAAAAAGUCUCUUCGGGCACCAAUACAGGAUACAAACCUAAAAAAGACUCCACCCCUCAGGGUGGCCAUCCAAAACAAAACAAUCAGGGCAGUCCUGGACAGCACGGCAAUUAUCCCAGACAACCAGGUGCAGCAGGCAACCCUAACCAGUAUCCGGGACAAAGUUCUCCAUAUGGAGGGUAUGGAGGAGGUUAUGGAGGCUAUGGACGGUAUGGAGGAGGUUAUGGAGGCUAUGGACGGUAUGGAGGAGGUUAUGGAGGUAAUCGUCCUUCUGAGAAAUCCAAAGGGUUUGCUCGCAGUGCAGUAGUAGCUGCAGCUGGAGGUGCGGUGGCAGGAACGGCCCUGGGCUAUGGGUUAGGACAGUUCUCCCGUCCUCACUUUAAUGUCCGCAGCCCUGAAGAGGAGUAUUAUUACAAACAUUACAUGCACAGGAACCAUGGGUCUAAAAUCCAAACUAAUAGAAAUACUAACAAAAAUACUAAUACUAAUACCAAUACCAAUACUACUGAAUACAGCAGCGACAAAGGAGGACAUGCCGUAAUUACUCAACCCGUUCAGAGUUAUGAAGACUACAUGGAUGCCUGUAUGAAGAGGUCUGACAUUUUGCCCGUGAAAACUCAAAAGCCCCAAAUCAAACCAGGUGCAACUGCCACAGCUACGACCAAAACCAACACGUCUACUCCCGUGACAUCAGAGAGCAACGACACUGCCACAGAAAACCCCUCGACCCCUACCCCUGCAAGUCCAGGCCCUCCAAAUCAGCCCGAAGAAGAUGACACGGUCAGCAUUGUGGAGAUCGGCUACCCGGCACUGAUCGAGCAGGUGAAAACCAGGAGAUGCUUGGAGUUGUACAUGGCUUACUCCAUGAAGUACAUGAGACAGGAAGGGCCGAAAGACGGGAGUACAGGAGGGGUAGAAGGAUUGGAGAUGGGCUUUCAAAGACUUUUAGCAGUAGUUACAAGUGCUAUACUCAUGCUACUUAACAGCAAUGUACCUGUGCUGCUGCACUGAGAUGUUCAUUUGACAUUAUAGAGAAUGUGUUCAUGAAUAAGGUGAAAGAUGAUAAGAUGAAAAAUAACUUGGUGGAAAGAAACCUGUAAUCCUUUCUUUAGUUUGUGCUGACUUCUGCUGUGAGAUUUUAUACUUUAUUUUAUACUUUAUGCUUCAUAUAAAGCAAACAUUGACGGCACUGAUAGCUGACUUGUGAUUAUAGAAGAAAUUAAAAAUAGUUACAAAGCCUUUUCCUGUAACUGUAAAACAAAAUGAGCUAAAGGGUUGUUUCUUAUGGGAGAAUGUGAAUGUUUUCAUGAAUUGUAAAGGCUUGCACUUUUUCCUUGUCAUGUUAAAUAAAUAAAAUAGCUUUACUAACUUGUACUUGUGGAUAUUUCAUUGCUUCGGAGCUG